CAUUUCACGUGUAUUCGUGCGCAUGAAAUAGUGGCUUCGUUCCUUUUGUUGCCUGAUCUGAGGGACAUUUCUCGAAUGCAUCAUGGUGCUUCAGCAAGACCAGCUCAAUCUGUUGGUCAUGUGCGUGGUCGUGGUUGCAGUUGGUGCCUGCCAACUAUCGCGGCCGUUGUCCCGCGUGCCCAAAGUGUUGUUGAGCUCAGGACUCGGCUUAUUGCUUGGCCUCGCCCUAAGCACGGAUCGAAGCGUUCGUCUGCUGCGUGUCGCGGACAGCACAAUGCCCAUGUACGUGAGCAUGUACAUGCCAGCUGUGGCGUAUACGGUGACCAUCCAAAUGUCCUACCACGUCUUCUGUUGCUGUGUCGCCACCUGUUGUAUCCUGGGGGCCGCGGGUUUAGCUAUUUCCACCCUCCUCUCCGGCACCUUGAUGUAUUUCACUCGAACCUCUCUCGCCGAUAUGAAAGACGCACUCUUCGCGGGCUCCUUGCUAUCCUUCCAGGAGCCCACAGUCAUCACCGAUAUCAUAUCCCCUUCGCCAUGUACGUUAGCACCUUCAAGCUGGUUUACAAUUUCCAAACAAGAUCUAUUUUGUCAGAACGGCUUCGAGUGUACGUGCAACGAGUUCAGGGGACUCUUAGAAGCGCAGCCGUGCUGUACAGAGUUGGAAGCCGUUUGCACAAGGACAACCACAACUGAGCCCGAAUAUAAUCGUCACCUAGUUUAGGCUGUUUCGCUGGGUAUAAUAUUGUAUCAAGAAUCCUGAGCUCUGCAAUAAAAGUUGUGGUUCCAGU